AUGACACCUCUCGCAGCUCUCAUAUCCAUCGCCCAACACCUCCGCUACCACCCGCACCCCAACUCGAGGACCCCCAAUUGCCCCGGAGCCACCACAAUGGGUAUCACCGACUUCUUCUCCGACGUCUGGGAGACCUUCUCCCACCCCUCGGCCGACGCCGAAGGCCAACCGCCCGUCCAAGGUGGCACCAGCACCCAGACGCCCGCCUCCGGCACCGACGAGGAGAGCGGCGACGAGGCCGAGGUCAACAAGCAGGAUGCGAAGAAGGGCGGCGACUCGGGCGAGCAGGGACACAAGCCAAGCGGCGAUGACGAGGAUGAGCCCGAGGAGGAGGAAGAGGACGAGGAGGAGCCCGACCCAAAGGAGAAGCUUGAGCAGGAAUGCGCCGAGUCCAAAGAAUGCCACGGCCCCAAGCACCACUACGACGAGUGCGCCCAACGGGUAACAGGCCAGAUCGAGAAUGACGGCAAGGCCAGCGAGGACUGCGUUGAAGAAUUUUUCCACCUCGCCCACUGCGCGUCCCAAUGCGCCGCCCCCAAGCUCUUCGCCCAGCUCAAGUAA